AUGGCAGGCGAUGCCUCCGAGCCACUGAACCGGGGGCAAGAUGAAUCAACCUCCCCCGGUGAGCACCCAGAUAUCCAGAAUGGUGACACACCGACUCCGCACGCGAGCACCACCUCCGCACAGAGCUUCACCCCUCGCUCACUCAUCGUCGGCCUCAUAAUUGGAGCGCUGAUUACCUUUUCAAACACCUAUUUCGGCCUUCAGACGGGAUGGAUCAGCACGAUGGCCAUGCCCUCUGCCUUGAUCGGCUUUUCGGUUUUCAAAGUUCUGUCUAAACAGCUAUCUUUCCCGUUUACACCGAUCGAAAAUGUCCUAAUUCAGACCGUCGCGGGAGCCGUGGGGACCAUGCCACUUGGGUGCGGGUUUGUCGGGGUGAUUCCUGCUUUAGAAUUCCUGCUGAAAGAUGGUGAAGAUGGGCCGACGGGCGAUGGCGGGGAUGGCGAGGGCGGGCCCCUCAAGCUCGGGUUCUGGAAACUUGUAGUUUGGAGUCUUGGGGUGUGUUUAUUUGGUGUUGUUUUCGCGGUUCCGCUACGCAAGGAGGUUAUCGUACGGGAGAAGUUGCGAUUCCCAAGUGGCACUGCGUCUGCAUUGAUGCUUCGAGUUCUCCAUGGUACCGGGAAGGAUGAGAAGGUUCCAGUGGAAGUCCAAAACCGACCUAUUGAGCUGACCCAGGGAACUGAGACUGAAAACGCACAGUCAGCCUCGAAUGAAUCACGAGGUCUCUUGCUGAAAGAUGGCGAGGCUGAAGAUCAAGCAACUGAUAAAAAGGAUUGGCGGUCGAAGAUGCGUCUGCUCGUCGGUGCAUUUGUAGUCUCCGGUAUCUAUACUCUAUUCUCUUAUUUCGUACCCUUGGUCCGCGAUAUUCCCUUAUUUGGGGUGGGCCUCGCUCACAAUUGGCUUUGGACUCUUAAUCCAUCGCCUGCAUAUAUUGGUCAGGGAAUAAUCAUGGGCCCGUCGACAUGUAUGCAUAUGCUUUUUGGUGCCGUCAUUGGAUGGGGCAUUCUCUCGCCUCUUGCCAAGGCACGGGGGUGGGCCCCGGGGCCCGUAGACAGUUGGGAAGAUGGAAGCAAAGCUUGGAUCGUGUGGAUCUCACUGGCAAUUAUGCUGGCUGAUUCCCUGGUCAGUCUGGGCUGGCUUAUUGUCAAGCCUUUGUUAAAGCAUGCUCCUAAAUGGAUCGCCUGGUUCCGCUCUACUCGCUUGGGUCAAUGGAUCGCGUUUCGGCUGCAAUCGCAGUCUCACGAACACUCAUAUGUCAACUACUCUGCUCUGAAUCAUGAUCACCAUUCUUCUGCAUUGGAGGCGGAAGAAGAGGAUGAUGCCCCACCGUCCCAGCUCAUCUCAACCCGCACGGUGGUCAUUCUGCUACCUCUCACACUUAUACUGAACGUCGUAUGUAUGCAUUGGGUCUUUGGCGAUAUUAUAUCCCCGGUAUUGUCAAGCCUCGCCACCCUUCUCGCCGUCCUCCUCUCUAUAAUGGGUGUCCGAGCCCUCGGCGAAACAGAUCUCAACCCCGUAUCCGGAAUCAGCAAAUUGACACAACUCCUCUUCUCUCUCGCAACACCGGCAUCCCAUUUUUCCCGGCGCACAGCCCUGGUAACGAACUUGCUAGCAGGUGCAGUCUCCGAGUCUGGUGCUCUGCAAGCCGGCGACAUGAUGCAGGACCUCAAAACCGGCCACCUAUUAGGCGCGAGCCCCAAAGCCCAGUUUUACGGUCAAAUGAUCGGAAGUGUUGUUGGAGCCGUCCUCUCGACUGCCGUGUACAAAAUGUAUGUUAAUGUAUAUGAGAUCCCGGGCGAGAUGUUCCAGACUCCUACGGCAUACGUUUGGAUUUUCACUGCUCGACUUGUCACUGGGCAGGGAUUACCGGAUAUGGCGUGGCAGGCCUCCGCCAUAGCUGGUACCAUAUGGAUGGGUCUUACAGCACUCCGGAUCGCCGCUGCUUCUCCUGCUUUCGCGCAUGGUGGGAAACCUCCUGCAUGGAGAGACUGGAUUCCCGGUGGCAUUGCGGUUGCCGUUGGUAUUUUUAAUGUUCCUUCUUUUACGCUCGCAAGAGUCAUCGGUGGAAUCAUUGCUUGGUGGUGGGCUCGUAAGCACGCCUCCCCUGAUCAUCUGCAUUCCAAUGAGGGCCCUUCUGUGCAAACAGAUUCUGCUGGUGGAACAGUUGCCCAGGCGGAUCCAACUUCUGCGCAAGCAGGAUCUUCCUCGGCUCAACAAGCAAGCGAGAAGGCAGAUGCCGCUUCGUCGACUGUUGUUGUCUUGGCUUCUGGUCUCAUUCUUGGCGAGGGUCUUGUGAGUAUUGUGAACCUCGUUCUUGCGAGUGCAAAAGUACCUCAUCUGUAA